UAAUCCUUUUGGUCUACCUAUACUCGCUGUUUUGGUCUGUCAGACGCGAUGACGCGUGUUCGGCUUUUACCAGCCCAACACAGCACAUAGGAAGACAGGAAUGAUGUGGAAGUCCAAUGUACAAAUCAACAUCACGCAGACUUCAAAAAUAAAUAACACAAUAAUCUGAGAUGCUAACAAUUUCUAAUUGCCCUGGAAGUUCCAAAAUUAUUGGAUAUAUGUGUCAAGGUCUGCUCUUGAUUCAACAAGACGGGCCCAACUCUGAAUCCUUUUUAUUAGAAACAGAGCCCCAAAGGUCUUCAUCGAACCUGAAUACAACCGAUCAGGAAUCUAGGAGAUGUAUGCAGUGGUUGAUCUGGGUGCCGUGGUGGUACUGCUUGAACCGAGAACCGAACGAUAAUUCGCAAGUGUUCGUCGUCGACACGUCCAACAGAUCAGCCCGGUGGAAUUGGAAUUCUGGCGAUGGACGGUGGGACGUCGCAUACCAGCAUUCUUUCUCUUCCGGUUACUACGGGGUGCACGCUUGCUACACGAGAAGCGUGGAUAGCGUACAGUCCUGCGUCGCAUACAACAAAGAUGGUUCUUGGAGGAGCAACGCGGUGCCGGUCAGCAACGUCGGUAGCUGGGAUAUAGCUUACAACGGCGACAUUUUCGGCUUUAAACCCCAGUCCAACGGGCAGUACAUCUUUCACAUAUACUCAAGGAAAUUAGAGCAUAACCCGUUUAUCCAGUCACCAAUUGGUCCCAUCGGUCCUCCGAGUGAAAAUUUGACUCCAACUAAAAAGCAGUGCUCUUACACGUCGGAAGACAACACUCAGGGUAGGUUUUGGUCGUUAGAGAGGAAAUCAAGGACCAAAUGUUCAGUCCAGAUAAAUAGGGAAGACCUUGUUUCUCCGUACGAAUGGAACUGGGAUACUGACAACGGCAAGUGGAUAAUCGUUUAUAGCUGGACGGAUUACGGUUUGACGAACAGCACUGUGUACUACAUGAGGUACGGAUCGGCGGUACAGAACAAGGUUCUCAACUGGAAUUUCGAUCCGAACCUUUUGACCAUCUCUUAUGCCUCGUCCCCUAUCAAAAUCUAUGAUGAAUCAGCCUGGAAGUUGAAGGUGAACGGAAAGGAGACGUUCGGCUACACCCCAACCUACGAAUCCUUGUGGACUUUUCCAAUAUUUUCAAGAAAUGUUAUAAUCAGACCAUUUGAAAAAGCGAACGGUUUUUUUGAUCUUCAGAAACAGUAUACUUCAACCUAA